CUAUCUCCACCAUUUCCGUUUCUUGCAACUUUCCUCCCGUGAAAUUGAGAAACACGCGCCAGAUAAUCGAUCUAUUCUCAUCUGACAUUUGAAAGGAAUCGCAUUUACAUUCUCAAUGUUUUCACUGAUACUCCAUGGAAGAAGGUCCCGCGAGUUACAUCGAUGGCGGAAUCUCAAAGCUCCAGUGUUGAAUCUUCUUCUGCAAAACGCAUCAGCUUUUGCGUAUUCCUUCUCUUCUGUUACCGCUGCAGAUCUGAGUCCGGAAGAUGAACGAAAAAGGAAGAGUUUUACAGUCUCUUACCUUGUUGAUUCGUUGGGUUUAACUACAAAACUCGCCGAAUCGAUCUCAGUGAAAGCUAGCUUCGAGGAGAAAGGAAACCCAGAUUCGGUGCUGAAACUUCUGAGAAGCUACGGAUUCACAGAUCUCCAAAUCUCCAGUAUCAUCGCCACUUACCCACGAUUCCUUAUAGAAAACCCCGAGAAUACCCUUCGUGCCAAACUUCAUCUUCUGAAGCUAAACGGAGCUUCGAGCUCUGAGCUUACAGAGAUUGUUACAAAAGUUCCCAAAAUCUUGGGAGGAAGAGGUCACUUCUCGACCACUGGUUACUUUGAUUACGUCAAAGAGGUUCUGCAGGAUCAAGGUAAGAGUUCCAAGUCUCCAAAGGGAAACCAGACGAAUCGAGCCCGAAAUGUAUCGGUUUUGAGAGAAUUGGGAGUGCCUCAGAGACUGUUACUCAAUUUGUUAGUCUCCAAAGCUAAACCAGUCUGCGGAAAAGAAAGAUUCGAAGGAUCAGUCAAGAAGAUCGUUGAGAUGGGAUUUGAUCCGACUUCACCAAAGUUUGUCAACGCUCUCUACGUUUUCUACGAGCUGAGUGAAAAAACGUUAGAACAGAAAGUGGAUGCCUAUAAAAGGUUAGGCUUUUCUGUGGAUGAAGUCUGGGCAAUUUUCAAGAAAUGGCCUUACUCUCUGAAAUACUCGGAGAAGAAGAUAACUCAGACGUUUGAGACACUGAAACGGUGUGGUCUAACGGAGGAAGAGGUACGCACGAUUCUGAAGAAGUACCCGGAAUGUGUAGGCACUUCAGAGGAGAAGAUAGUGAAUUCAUUUGAGACUUUUCUUGGUCUAGGAUUCAGGAAAGACGAGUUCUUAAUGAUCAUCAAGCGACAUCCUCAGUGCCUUGGUUUAGCUGCAGAUACGGUGAAGACCAAGACUGAGUUUCUUGUGAAGAAGAUGGGUUGGCCUUUAAAGGCCAUUGCUUCAACCCCCAUUGUACUUGGAUUCAGCUUGGAGAAGUUUAUUUAUCCGAGGUGUAAUGUAAUCAAAGCUCUUGUGUCGAAAGGGCUGAUCGGUGGAGUCCCAGCAAUUUCGAGUGUGUUGACGAGUUCUAAGGACAGGUUUUUGAAGGUUUUUGUAAAGAAGCACGAGGAAGUGUCGCCUGAGUUGAACUCUAUCUUCACCGGAGCUUGCGUUUCAAUAGAUUAGUUAGCAUCAUUAAGAACAAGACCCAACAUCAAAGAUAGUUUGUUAUGAUUUGUGUCAUUAUAAGUGUGUUCUGUUUCCAAAAUGUGACUUUUUGUUGUAAAGAAACACUUUCUAAAGAAUAAACAACAAAUGAGAG